GAUCGCUGUGCGAUCACUGGAAUUUUUUGUUUUUUUUUGUAUUUUGUUAAAAAACCGCAUUAACAUAACUUAAAAUGAUGGUUUAACUUAUGACAUUUGUAUAAGUAACUAUUGUUAAUGUUUGUAUAUAAAAGAAAUUACCAAAUUAAGUGAAUUAAUAUUAAAAAACUAAAAAAAUGAAAAAUAAUCACUGAUAUAUAUAUACUACUGGAUAGUGAAUAAGCGACUUCCGGUUGAAACAAAUUGAAGGUUCUGAACUGGCGGCCAGUUUCUCAGACAUGCGCGUUUUACAGUUGUUUGAUUCUGUUUACAUGUGCGUCAUUUGUUAGUGAUUAUGUUCUUUUUCCAUGUUUGUUUUUGUAAAUAAUGUCUUUAAACGAUAAUUAUAUAUUAUUAUAAUAUUAUAAUGGUGAUAAAGUGUGUAUAUUGUGGAGAAGCGCAAGUAGCAGAUUAAAAACAUAGGUUAUGUUGACAAGUUUCCAUUAAAUGAUGUUGAAUUGUUGGAAAAAUGGAUUAAAAAUAUGAAAUUAGGGACACAUUUCAAACCUGGCAAGUGGUCAAGAUUAUGUUCGGAUCAUUUUGAGGAAACGUGUUUCUCUAAAGAUACUAAUCGCAGUUUAAUACCAAAAAGCGUUCCUACAAAAUUUGGAAGUUAUAAAUCCUGUUGCAUUUUUUGUCAUGCAAUAAAAGGAGCCACUAAAGGUAGAUCUUUCCGCAAAUUUCCUUUCGAUAAUGCAGAAUUGUUACAAAAGUGGUUAUCUGCAUUGGAUGUAAAAGAUGUUGUUGUAACAAAAAAGAGUCUUUUGUGCAGUGACCAUUUCGAAGCAAAAUGCUUCAGAAAAACAGGGAAAAAUGCAUCUGUCUUAACUCUUAAGUCUGAUGCCGUACCAAGUUUAAUUGCAAGAAGUGAAGAUGUUGAAAGGCAUAACAUUCCUAAAAAUUUAAACGAAAAUGAUAUUUUACAUAAAAAAAGAGAAGCAUCGCCGGAUAACUUACAAAUUUCAAAGUUAGUAAGAUCUGAAAAUGUUGUAAACACAGUAUUUCUUGUGUCUGAAAGAGAUGAAACGCUAAAUAAGAUUCAAAAACAGCUAAGUUCGAACAGCACAUUACUGCCAAAAAAUUCCGAAGCACUGUCAGUACCCAGUUUUUUAAUUGAAGAUAAUGGUUGUAACAUUAAUUCACUACUUCCGAGUUCGGCUUCUGGAGCGAAACCACAAGAAACGGCAACACCAGGAACUCCUAUCGCGGAACGAUGCCGACGAAUAUAUAAAGAUCACCAUUAUGAGACUACUCCGAGGUCAUUACGAAAAAAAUUGAAGAAGAACCAAACUAUUAUCUCCACUCUGAGAAACGAUUCCCGUAUUCAAAAACAGAAAAUUAUACGUUUGGAGAAACGUAUUACAUCUUUAACUCACUUGGUACGUGAAAUUCGAAAAGAAAGAUUAGUUCCACAAUCUGGACUGCAAUGUUUGGAAACAAUUGCCGAAAAUGAUGUGUGUGAGUUAUUGCAAAGAUUUUUUGCAAAUUCGAAAAGUACUCGUUUGCAACAAUAUUUACAAGAGGAGAAAUUUACGGCCACUCUAAUUGAGAAAAGAAACCUAUUGGAAAAAAAUGUUGCUUGCAAUAAUGGAUGAAAAAAUCAUGUCACUGAAUUCUACCUUUAAAAACUUAUGGAAAUUUUUAUCGAAUGCAAAAUGAUUAUCUCGAUGAAUUUGUAAUAAUUUUUAUAUAUAUUUAUACAAAGUAGAAUAUUCACCUUAGUUUAAUUUUUUUACAAAUUUAAAGAAAUCUCAUUUUGAAAUUUAAAUUAUACAAAUUUACAAAUUUCCUACAUGAAAAAUUAUUCAUAGAGGAACCUGUGAAAUCAAUGGUCUUUAAAUUGUAAAAAUUCCUCAUAAAUUUUGUAGCAAUUUUUUUAAUUGUACAUAUUGACAAUACUACAAAUUAUUUUAAUUACUU